AUGGCAGAAAAACCUGAAGAUUUGAAUUUACCUGCAAGUGUAGUUGCUAGAAUAAUUAAGGAAGCUCUUCCAGAAGGUGUGAACGUAUCAAAAGAAGCAAAAAGUGCUAUAGGAAGAGCAGCGAGUAUUUUCAUAUUAUAUGCUACCACCUGUGCAAAUACUUAUGCUAUUAAAGGCAAACGUAAGACAAUUACUCCAAAUGACUUGUUUCAAGCUAUUGAAGAUAUGGAAUUACAAGAGUUCCUCCCUGAAAUGAAAGAAUGCUUAGACGCCUUUAAAAAAGAACAAAAGGAGAAGAAAGAAGCAGCUGCUGAUCGGAAGAGAAAGCAAACAGCCCGCCCAGUAAACACUGCUAAAGUACUUGACAGUAUACCAAAGGAGAAACCCGUACCAUCUUGGAAGAAGGCAUUACAAGAAAGAAAAGCAGUAGCAGCAGCUAAAAAGAAAAUUGAAGAAUCUAAACAAGAACAAGUCAAUGCUGAGAAAAGUCAUGACAUAGUUUCACCAGUUAGGAAGGGCCUUGAAGACAGGCACAGCCUUGCACAAGUUAUGCAAAUAUUUGAACAUACUUCAAAAGAUCCUGACAAAGAGAAACAUAUUCAAGAUGAAAAGGAUAUUCCCCAGUUAGCACAGCAACAACAACAAACAACAUACCUCUGA